AUGGCGUUGGGGACACAAGGCGCCGAGGAGCUCGAGGUGCUGGAGCGCGAUGCUGCCGAGCCAACUGUUAUGUUGACAAGGAUGAAUGACCCGGUUCAAGCAAGUCUUCACCGACUACAGGUGGAAGACAGACUACAAGUGGAAGACAGAGGCUCAAUCAUAUAUGUUGUGCACAUCGCAUUGAUGAAAUACAGAGGCUAG